CAUCUCCUAUGAUGUCAGCGGCAUGUGAACACUGAUAGGAGCCCGCGCAGCAGCCCCAGUUAGCCUUCACCUGUCCGCGUGCACUUCUUACCUGCACAAGUUUUGUCCUCCGAUUUGCAGGGUUACUACAGGACACGAUGUUGUUUUACGUAAGUUGUAGCUUGCUGCUGGCACUGGUGACUUUUCACGGCGCCGCUGGAUCAGAAAUGGUUUUCCGUUGUCCAAGCUGCACCGCAGAGCGCCAGGCGGCUUGCCCGAUGAUCACGGAGCCAUGCGCGGAGAUUGUGCGCGAGCCGGGCUGCGGCUGCUGUCCGGUGUGUGCCCGGCAAGAGGGCGAGCUGUGCGGUGUUUACACACCGAGAUGUUCCAGUGGUCUGCGGUGUUAUCCCAAGCCGGAUUUGGAGUUGCCCCUGGAGCAGCUGGUUCAAGGGCUCGGGAGAUGUGGACGUAAAGUAGACACUGAGCCCACAGGAAGCGCAGAGCCUCGGGAAGUCAGCGGCGAGGUACAGGACUCUUUGGACAUUGGUCUGACUGAGGUUCCUCCCGUAAGGAAGCCCACCAAAGACAGUCCAUGGAAGGAGAGUGCUGUCCUUCAACACCGCCAGCAACUGAAGACCAAAAUGAAGUACCACAAAGUAGAGGACCCUAAAGCGCCGCAUGCCAAACAGAGUCAGUGUCAGCAGGAGCUGGACCAGGUGCUGGAAAGAAUCUCAAAAAUACCCUUCAGAGAUAACAGGGGUCCCCUGGAGGACCUCUAUUCCCUGCACAUACCCAACUGUGACAAAAGGGGGCAGUACAACCUGAAACAGUGUAAGAUGUCAGUGAAUGGGCAUCGUGGUGAGUGCUGGUGUGUGAAUCCACACACAGGUAGUCCCAUUCCCAACUCUCCACUGACACGGGGUGAUCCCAACUGCAGCCAGUACCUUGAUGGCCUAGAGAUGGAUCCCUCUGUCGACCCUCAAAACUAAAAAUAUCCCGAACCUUCCCAUCUUGACCUUCAAGCCUACAAACCCACAAUCAUGCCCCCAAAAGAGUCAGUGUUUCACACUCUCUAAACAAGCUACAAAAUACCUUGUUUUUUUUUUUUUUUUUUUUGUGAUUGUAGAUUUGAGAUGGUUUAAAACAUGUUACACUUAAACAUAUUGUUACAGUUGAAGUACUGAUUUAACUGAACUGAUAGUACUUAAAUUAAAUCCAAAUUAUGACAUACAGUUGUCGUCAGAUUUAUUGGCACCUUAAGUAAAUAUGUUCAAAGAUGCCUUUACAAAUAAGGGGGUUGUUGGAGGGGGAAUUCUGACCACAACUGUAUGACCAGAGGACUGUAUUAGCAGGCUGAUAAUACUACUUUUCUGUAGGAAAUUAACUAGAAUUGUAAACAUACCUUUUUAUUGUUUAACCUUAAAACCUUUUACAUACUUAGUAUGUAUUUUGUGCUAAUCAUUCUGUGUACGGUUGUAGUUCUCUCAUUAUGUUGCUGGUGCUAUUCAUUCCAAUACAUUUCUUUAACAGGUUCCUUUCACAUAACGAAAAAAAGUAUUUUAUUUUAUUACUAUUUUUUUUUUUUUUAAUGGAUAGGACGCUACAUUAUAAAGUUAAAAAGAGAUAGUUCCUUACCUUAAAUAAUUUACAGAAAUAAAAGAUUUAUGGGGCUGCUUAUGAAGUCUUGAACUUUUUGCUUAAAAAAACCCUGAUGUAUGCUAAUAAAAGUUGUCAUUUGAUUAUUUUUUUUUUCUCUGAAUGCAUCGGGAAUGUUCAAGUCAUAGUACUAGGGCUGCAUCCGAAAUCGCAUACUCUCUUGAGUAGGUACUUAUUUUGAAUGAGUAAUUACUUCUCAACUGCUAAAAAAAACUAUGUUCUAUAUUGUAUGAGUCUGUGUAGUUUGAAUAUAAUCUGAACGUAUAACAUUUACCAUGUUGUCAUUAUCAUGUGACCUUAUCAGCAUCAGUUGAGUCACUUCACUGUCAUUUACAAAUCCUCUCCCUAGGCCUCAUGAUAGUAAAGUGUCCAUUGUUUGCACAUUUCAGAAUUUCGCCGGAAAUAGUUGUUCAUUUUGCCUACUCUUCUUUGAGUACUGGGAAUUCGGCAACUAUAUAGAAGAGAAGUAUCUGAUUUCAGAUGCGGUCCAAUACUAAGCAGUUUAUACUAAUGCAGUUGAUGUUCUGCUACAAUUGCAUGUAACUACUGACAUCUGGUGGUCACACUAAGGAAGAGAAAACACAAUUGCAACUGCAUAAAUACUCAUUGAAGAUGUGUUAAAUAGAUUUAAUAGAGAGAGAUGUUCACUGAAAUUUUAACUUAACAUUAUGGUUUAUUUGUGCAGAUUUUCAUAAUUCAACAUUUCUGUUGGGUGUUAUUGUCACUUGCUGUUUUGGACCCUAUGCCUAUGUACACAAAUAAAGAAUAUUUCAAGGUA